UUUAUUAUUUUAUUAUUUCCAUUCUACGUGACUUUACCGAAAGAACCAAGAAGAUGAAUUCGUUACUAGUACAGCACACCGGAGUAAACCCACUAACUACAUUUACAAAUCGCAGACGUUGUAGGUUAGGGGCCGUCCAUAAAUGACGUCACGCACCUGGGGAGAGGGGGGGGGUGAGAAAUGUGACGUCACAUCAAAAUGCGCAACUUUAAAUAAAUAUAGACAACACGUUCUACUUAAUUAAAUAGACUUCUUAAUAAAUGUUUUCUCCUACAACAUCAGAGUGCAGCGCCACAUUAAAUACGCACUACAAUGACAAUAGUUUAAAGCGAUUUGAAGCAUGUUUUAUUUUUGGAGGGCGAUAUUUACACACACCGCACCAGGUACUCAUUUGAGGCUGAGUCGACCUAGGUGAGGCUCCAGGACCGGUGCAGAUAAUCGUCACCGGUGUUGGCCGUGAGCGGGGAUGGAACUCGAACUCACCGGGUUCGUAGCGCAGCGUGGCGCUAACCGUUGCACCACCGCUCGCCAGCCGACACACAAACACACACUAACUCACGCACUCGGUAUAAACAUCACUGACACAUUCACCACCAUUAAGCACACCAACACACAACUCACAUCACGCUUUAACACCACACACACGGCUAGCACGCUCAGUCAGCAGCACUUAGAACACAUAAUAGAGAAUUAAAAAAUAUAUUUAUUUUGAGACUGGAGGAAUCCGAUGAGCUGUGAAGCUCUUUUUGCUCACAGACGUCAAGUCGGGACACGGGGUCAGAACGUGACAACAACAAUACACAACAACAACAACAAUACACAACAACAAUACACAACAACAACAACAAUACACAACAACACACAACAACACAACACACAACAACAAUACACAACAACAACACACAACAACAACACAAUACACAACAACAAUACACAACAACAAUACACAACAACAACACACAACAACAUGUUCUGUAGAUGUAGACGCCACUGGUUCUUCACGUUCUGCAGAUGGAGAUGCCACUGGUUCUUCACGUUCUGUAGACGCCACUGGUUCUUCACGUUCUACAGAUGUAGAUGCCACUGGAUCUUCACGUUCUGUAGAUGUAGAUGCCACUGGUUCUUCAUGUCCUGUAGAUGUAGAUGCCACUGGUUAUUCAUGUUCUGCAGAUGUAGAUGCCACUGGUUCUUCACGUUCUGCAGAUGUAGAUGCCACUGGUUCUUCACGUUCUGCAGAUGUAGAUGCCACUGGUUCUUCACGUUCUGCAGACGUAGAUGCCACUGGUUCUUCACGUUCUGCAGAUGUAGAUGCAGAUGUAGAUGCCACUGGUUUUUCAUGUUCUGCAGAUGUAGAUGCCACUGGUUCUUCACGUUCUACAUAUGUAGAUGCCACUGGUUCUUCACGUUCUGCAGAUGUAGAUGCCACUGGUUCUUCACGUUCUGCAGAUGUAGAUGCAGAUGUAGAUGCCACUGGUUUUUCAUGUUCUGCAGAUGUAGAUGCCACUGGUUCUUCACGUUCUACAGAUGUAGAUGCCACUGGUUCUUCACGUUCUACAGAUGUAGAUGCCACUGGUUCUUUAUGUUCUGCAGAUGUAGAUGCCACUGGUUCUUCACGUUCUGCAGAUGUAGAUGCCACUGGUUCUUCACGUUCUACAGAUGUAGAUGCCACUGGUUAUUCAUGUCCUGUAGAUGUAGAUGCCACUGGUUCUUCAUGUUCUACAGAUGUAGAUGCCACUGGUUCUUCACAUUCUGUAGAUGUAGAUGCCACUGGUUCUUUAUGUUCUACAGAUGUAGAUGCCACUGGUUCUUCGUGUCCUGUAGAAGUAGAUGCCACUGGAUGUUCACGUUCUGCAAAUGUAGAUGCAGAUGUAGAUGCCACUGGUUCUUCAUGUUCUGUAGAUGUAGAUGCCACUGGUUCUUCACAUUCUCUAGAUGUAGAUGCCACUGGUUCCUCACGUUCUGCAGAUGUAGAUGCCACUGGUUCUUCACAUUCUCUAGAUGUAGAUGCCACUGGUUCUUCACGUUCUGCAGAUGUAGAUGCCACCACCGCCAUCUAUUGCGCGGCGGUUGAACUCACAACUCGCGGUUCGAACAGGCGACUGGACCAUACGGGACGGGUUUGUUUCGUUUCUCCGAAAGUUCCAAAGUCGGAACAUUCGCAAUCGGAGACGUCCCCUGUGUGUCCGUCGCCACUGGACGUUGAUCGUGUCCCGGAGUCGAACUCAUGCCCGACGGGGGUUUCCCGAACUCAUGCCGCCUUUCGCGCGUCAGACGGAUCCCGAAUUUGGAUUCUUUUUGGUAAAAACGUAGCCGCUAGUGGAAAUCCGCGGUGGCAUUUUAUCAAAUUGCGACGCGGAGGGAGGGCUCCGUCCGUGAGAACUUCUGCGGAUUUUUAAACCCUAAAUGCUGCCUGCCGGUAUCUGUUACAGGCAGCUUUGUGUACAUUAUUCCAUACUAAUAUAAAUAUAUUUUAUAACAUGAUGGCUGAGCGUACGCCCAACAAACGACGCAGUGUAUGUUGAACGGCAAAUUUCAGUAACCCCACACGGACAGCCCUUUUUGUUAAUCUGCUGCUGGAUGAGGGCCUCUCUACUGCUGGAUGAGGCCUCUACACUGCAUUUAAUAACACUGGUCAACACACUUUUUCUGGCAUAAGGUAUUCCAACGGUUAAAUUUCGAUUUGAAGCUUUCGUGACUGCAGGGAUUGAUCUUCUUGGUUCUUUCGGUAAAGUCACGUAGAAGGGAAAUAAUAAAAUAAUAAAAAUAAAACUUUAUAAAAUACAAUUCUCACGACGUUUCGGCCACAACGCAAGCAGCCGUCCUCAGGUGGAGAACAGGG